ACGCAUGUUGUGAAAAUGGAAGGACAUGAUUCUGACGAUGAAGUUGAAGAAAAACAGGUCGGAUUUCACGAAAUGGGCAUAGACGACCGCAUACUAAAGUCAAUAUCAGAUCUUGGUUGGUACAAACCUACUCCUAUACAAGAAAAGGCGAUUCCUUUGGCCUUGGAGGGUAAAGAUAUUCUAGCCAGAGCCCGGACUGGAUCAGGAAAAACAGCAGCAUUCUGUAUUCCCGUCAUACAGAAAAUUCUGGCUGCAAAAACAACGAGCAAGGAACAGUGUGUAAAGGCUAUUGUACUGACACCAAGCAAGGAGUUAUGUGAUCAGGCUUACAGAAAUAUCUUGGCAUUAACUUCAAGUUGUUCAAGAGAAGUGAAAUGUCUGGAUAUAUCUCCACAGAUGCCCCUCCCCUCACAGAAACCCAUGCUAGCUGAGAAACCGGACAUUGUGGUGGCGACGCCAACACGCAUCCUGGCACAUAUCCGCGCUGGAAACUUGUGCAUUAAGGAUUCUUUAGAGCUUCUUAUAAUGGAUGAGGCUGACCUUCUUUUCUCCUUUGGAUAUGAAAAUGACAUCAAGGGUAUCUUGGGACAUCUGCCUAAAAUAUACCAGGCUUUCCUGAUGUCAGCUACACUCAAUGACAGUGUCAAGGCAUUGAAAAAGAUGGUACUUCACAAUGCGGUGAUAUUAAAGCUAGAAGAAUCGCAGUUACCAGAGGCUGCACAGCUAACACAGUACCAUAUUAAAUGUGAAGAGGAGGACAAGUUUGCUUUGAUUUAUGUACUUUUGAAGCUGAAACUUGUUCAAGGAAAAACUAUCCUGUUUGUAAAUUCUGUCAACAAAUGUUACAAAUUGAAGUUAUUUUUAGAACAGUUUGGUAUUUCUGCAUGUGUGUUAAAUUCAGAGCUUCCAGUCAACUCAAGGUGCCAUGUGGUGAACCAAUUUAAUGACAAUCUGUAUGACUACAUCAUCGCUUCUGAUGAGACAAUGCUUGCAGAACCAAACCCAAGCAAAGUAAAAAGGCACUCGAAGAAAGAUCGUGAGUAUGGUGUGUCUAGAGGAAUUGAUUUCCAAAAUGUGUCAAAUGUGGUCAAUUUUGACUUUCCUGAAACUGUCAAUGCAUACAUCCACCGUGUGGGUAGAACAGCGAGGGGAGACAAUCAGGGCACAGCUCUUUCCUUUGUCAGUUUGAAGGAGAUGCCAUUGUUGGAGGCAGUUGAAAGCUCAUUGUCAGAAACCUCAGAAAAUGGAGAAACUGUAUUUAAACCCUAUAACUUCAAAAUGGAAGAAGUAGAAGGUUUCAGAUAUCGAGCCAAGGAUGCCAUGAGAGCUGUGACAAAAACAGCCAUUAAAGAGGCACGACUUAAAGAGAUCAAGCAGGAGGUUUUGACCUCUCAGAAACUCAAGUCCCAUUUCCAAGAUAAUCCAAGGGAUCUUCAAAUACUGCGACAUGACAAAUUCUUACACACUGUGAAAAAUAAAGUUCACAUGAAGAAUGUUCCAGAUUAUCUUGUCCCUCCAACACUGAAAAAAAUAGGUCAUCAUGGUGGACAGGAGGGCAGAAAAAGGUCUAGGACGUCAGAUUACUCUGGACCCUCUCGUGGACAGAUCAAGUAUAAGAGAAAGCAAGAAGAUCCACUGAAAAGCUUUGCCUUUGCUGGACUGAGAGGGAAAAAGAAGAAAAAGAAAUGAAAAUGUUGUAUUAUAAUUCUUUGUUUUACAAAUAAAUUUGUUUUUAAAAAAUC